AUGCUUGAGGCACGAUUGGAACAGGCUAAUGUCCUGAAGAAGGUCGUUGAUGCCAUCAAAGAUCUUGUCCAGGACUGCAACUUCGAUUGCAAUGACUCCGGAAUCGCUCUCCAGGCUAUGGACAACAGCCAUGUUGCCCUCGUUUCCAUGAUGCUCAAGGCCGAGGCUUUCUCUCCUUAUCGAUGUGACCGGAAUAUCGCGCUUGGCGUCAACCUUAGCUCCCUGACCAGGGUUCUACGCGCCGCUCAGAACGAGGACAUCCUAACCGUCAAGGCCGAUGACGCCGCGGAUGCCCUCAACCUUGUAUUCGAGAGCAGCGAGAACGAUCGCAUUAGCGAGUAUGACUUGAAGCUCAUGGACAUUGACCAGGAGCACCUGGGCAUCCCUGAGACCGAAUACGCCGCUACCGUCUCUAUGCCCUCUAGCGAGUUCAGGAGAAUUUGCACCGACCUAAUGGCCAUGUCCGAUUCAGUCACGCUCGAUGCUAGCAAGGACGGGAUCAAGUUCUCGAGCGCCGGAGAUAUCGGCAACGGAUCCGUCACUCUUAGGAGCCACACAAACAUGGACAAGCCCGAGUUGAAUGUAAACAUCGAGUUGACCGAGCCCGUCUCCCUCACUUUCUCGCUCAAGUACCUCGUCAACUUCUGCAAGGCCUCUGCCCUCUCCCCUCACGUCAAGGUCUGCCUCUCCAACGAGGUACCCCUUCUAGUCGAGUAUAAUCUUUCCGGAACCAGUUACCUCCGCUUCUAUCUCGCACCCAAGGUGGUCUCUGGGCAUGUUGGUAACAAGAUUGCCGUAUUCGUACUCCAGUCGCUCGGCUGCGAUGUCGCAGCAUUGAACACCGUUCAAUUCAGUAAUCACACAGGGUACGGGCAAUGGAAGGGCUCCCGCGUAUCGGCAGAAGAGAUAACCGAUCUCUACACGGGACUAAGGCAAUCAUAUCUUGAUGAGUUUGAUAUGAUGUUAACAGGGUAUAUCCCUGGGGCCCCAGCCGUCAACGCCGUAGGCGCCAUCGCCCAGGAACUUCAGGCCAAGACGAAAUCCGCGCCCGGAACCUUCUUCUGGGUUCUUGACCCCGUCAUGGGAGAUAAUGGCAGGCUGUACGUAGCCGAGGAUGUCGUACCGGCCUACCGCUCCCUUAUCCCGUUCGCGGAUCUAAUCCUGCCCAACCAAUUUGAAGCUGAUCUCUGCGUCGUCGGCUCAACCAUGACGACCGACUGCAAGGCGCGCUUAUUUAAGAUCCAAUUUCCCGCCAUAGAUUGCUACUUCAGCGGCACAGGAGACAUGUUUGGGGCGCUGGCGGUUGUUAGGAUGCGGGAGGCCGUUUGCAAUACGCCUGAUCUGCUCCGGGUAUCUUCCUGGGUCAGCGAUGACUCAGUUGAUGCGCUUGACCUUCCACUUGCUAGGGCCGCUGAAAAGGUUUUGGGCAGUAUGCAUGAAGUCCUGUCAAAAACUGCGGAAGGGAUGAAGUCAACGAUAGCAGCAAGUUCUGAACUCCAGAAUGAUGGCUCGGACGCCAGUCAGGCCCGCGUAGCCAAGUCUAAAGCUGCGGAACUGCGACUUGGCUGCCUAGCCGGUGCUACCAAACCCACCGGCGCCUCGGACGCUUUCCUCGAGAUCUUGAACCUCGACGACUUCAGGGUUCCAGAUACGCUCAAUUACAAGCUGAGCGAUGCGGUCACCCUCCUUGACCUGGAAAUCUUCCUCGCUAUGAUUGAAGAGGAGAACCUUUACCUGGCCACGGUAAUCGGCGUCGAUAACGCCUGCGCCGGUAUCAAUGAAAUUCUUCGACGCAAGACCAGAUCUUGUUUGGCUUGGAGAUCUCGCGAUAUCAAAGUCCAUCAUGUCAGCCUCCCCACGCAACCAACCCAAUCCGCCAAGCGGCCCCUCGAGGAGCCUUCGUCGCCGUCGCGCGCAACGGAUCAGCCCGAUGCUAAGCGCCCUGCGUUGGACAAGGUAGUCAAGCACGACGAGGAGAUCGAACUUGCUCCUCAACCCGACCAGAAUGGCAGCUCGUCUCCCGAACAAGACCCUGCGGAAAGGACCAAUGGGGUGAACUCUGAAGAUCAAGUAGAUGCUGCUGCCGGUGACUCUUCUGAUGGCAAGACCGCAGGCUCAUUGACUGGGCCGGGUCCAUCAAGCGGAGUUCCUGCCAAUGCCAAUGACGAGACCGCCUGGAUUCACAUCAGGGCCGUCAUCUCUAGCCCCGAAGCUGCCACCAUCAUCGGAAAGGGCGGCGAGAACGUUUCAAACAUUCGAAAGCUGUCGGGUGCCAAGUGCACCGUAAGCGACUACCAGAAGGGCGCGGUCGAGCGUAUCCUGACCGUCAGCGGUGUUGUGGAUGCUGCUGCCAAGGCCUUUGGUUUGAUUAUCCGCACACUCAACAACGAGAACCUUAACGAGCCGUCCUCAUCGACCUCCAAGACUUACCCGCUUCGUCUUCUCAUCCCACACAUUCUCAUCGGCUCCAUCAUUGGAAAGGGUGGCGCACGAAUUCGAGAGAUUCAAGAGGCUUCUGGAGCUCGCCUCAACGCCUCCGACUCAUGCCUUCCUCUCUCAUCCGAACGUUCCCUCGUCGUCAUGGGUGUCGCGGAUGCUGUCCACAUUGCGACAUACUACGUUGGUAGCACCCUUCUCGAGCAACUGAAGGAGCGCUUUGGUGGCCCAGCAGCAUCUGCUUAUGCUACUAGGAGUGGUGGCCCGGCCGGCGCUGUCCCAGGUGGAAUGCAGGUCGUGCCGUACUGCCCUCAGCCCGCGAGUGGUGGAUAUGGAAACCGUGAGAACUACCCUCGGCGCCACGAUGCCCGAGCGCAUCACAUGGCUCCCGGUCCCUAUCCUCAGCAGUACCCUGCCCACCCCACCCACCACAACCCUGCGGUACCUGUCCACUAUGGCGGCGGACCUCAAGCCGGCGCAUAUGGUGCGGCGGCCCCGCACGUUCCGCUCCACGCCGCUCCUCACGCCGCCGCACCUACCCCGGUGGGCCUCAGGAUCUACAUUCCCAAUGAUAUGGUUGGUGCUAUCAUUGGUAAGGGAGGAUCUAAGAUCAAUGAGAUCCGGCAGAUGAGCGGCAGUGUCAUCAAGAUCAACGAGCCCCAGGACAACACCAACGAGCGUCUCGUCACGAUCUCUGGAACGGAAGAGUGCAAUCGCAUCGCCCUCUACCUGCUCUAUAACCGCCUAGGCGAAACUCACAACAAGCAUGCCGACGAGAGGCGGCCGUUUUAA